ACUCCCUUUUUUUUUUCAGUGAAUGAUUAUGAUGCGUAUGGAAAUAAAUGCCCUUUGCCUACGUAUUACGCUUAUCCGUGUCCCAAGCUUUGCGUUCGUGAUAUUUCUAUGUGUCCACACAAUUAUAGACCUGCCCCUUGCCCUGCUGGUACGACUUAUUGUGUAGAUGGCCACUGUCGUGAAACAUGUCCUUCUAACUUGAUCUCUGCUUGCAGUUGUCCUGGCGCCCCUGCAUUAGUUGGUAAUAUCUAUUCAUGCGGUACUGCUACUAUACACACUAACAUUGAGAAUUUUGUGGUCGAGAACAAAAACAACCAAAGUGCAGAAGCAUGUGCAAGAGCUGCCAAUCUGCAAGGCAAGAUUCCUAAUUGGAUACCUAAUCCUGAGUCUGCUAUGUGGCAUGAAUGUCCGACGCCUGAUUAUGGUGCGUUGACAUUUACAGAGCCAGUAUUCCUUGCUUUGUAUGCAUAUUAUGGUUCCUGCUUUGUAUUAUUGGCAGUAUGGACUUUAUACAAACUCUAUCGCGAAAAGUCCGUGAAAGCCAAUUUGAACAAAGCCAAGGAAUUCCACAAUGAUGAAUACAUCAACAAAAAUAAUGAUAUUGUUCUCUCAAAGAAGAAUGACUUUGAAAAGUUAGAUCAUAAAGAUACUGUGAGCCAAUCCAGUAGUACAGAUGAUGAUGAUAUGUCUUCUGUUGAGGAAGAAGAAGAAGAGAUGACCAUUCACGCUUAUAAACGAGACCGGUUUGGAAUAUGUGCUGCAGUUAUCUUUAGUAUACAAACCCUUGGCCAAAUUUGUUACAUGAUCAUGAUGGUGAAAGAUUACUACAUGAAUUAUGCUCUCUUCCGCGGUUAUGGAGAAAUCCAAGCUAGUACCUUCAUGGGGAUGUGGUAUAUUCUAUUCUUUUGGUUUGCCAGUUUGACGAUUUUCCGUCACCGAAUUCCCAAUUUCUUCAGAAUUCGUUGCCUUUAUUCUCAAGGCCACUACGUACAAGUUGAACGCAAAGAAGCUGCUAUGAUCUUUUUAGACGAUGAGUCUGAUGGGGUCAUGAAUUUGGUUCGCAGAUUGGAAAAGAAGGCGAAACAUAUUCUUGGUUUGGAUGUUGUAGUGAACAGUGCACCCUUGAAACAAACGUCGAGCGGCACCAAAUAUUUCAUCUAUCAAUGCACCCGCUAUAUCUAUCACGCUGAAACAGAUUUCUUCACCCCUCACCAAAUUGAUUUGGGUGGCACCAUCGGACAAUUGGCCGCUUUGGAUCAAGGCUUAACAACAGAUGAAGCAAGACGAAGAGAAGAACUGAUCGGUCCCAAUUUUAUCGAAGUGUACGUUCCCAACUUUUUGGUCGCACUGUUCCAAGAAUUUUCUUCCUUUUUUUACAUUUAUCAAUUUACCGUCCUUUGGCUUUUCUACUACUUUGCCUAUUGGCAAGUGGGUAUUGCUGAUACUUGUGUUAUUCUUCUUUCUGCGUUGGUCAAGGUGGUUGUACGACUCCGUUCGGAGAGACGUAUAAAAGAAAUGGCAGAGUUCACUGACCGUGUUCAAAUAUAUCGCGAUGGCAAAUGGGUUGACAAGUCCACUGCUGAUCUUUUACCGGGUGAUAUUUUUGAAGUCACUGAAGGUAUAACAGCACCUUGUGAUGCCAUUGUUUUAUCCGGCAAUAUUGUGGCAGAUGAAAGCUCUCUUACUGGUGAACCCUUACCUAUUCGUAAAUUCCCCUUGCGUAGAGAUGAUGUUGAUGUUACUUAUGAUCGUAUGGGUAGUGGUAAAACUUUUACUAUUUUCUCCGGCACUUUUAUUUCUCAAGCUCAGCCUACAGAGAAGCAUAGUAAGGUCACAGCUUUAGUAACCCAUAUCGGUACAGCUACUGAUAAGGGAGAAUUGGUAAAGAAGAUUUUGUUUCCUACCCAGGUAUCAUUCAUCUUCAACCAGCAAAUUAAAAUUGUUAUUUUGAUUCUGCUGUGUUGUGCAAUGGUUUGUUUGGCUUUAGCCAUAUGGAUGUAUGCGAAAGGCACUAGUGCUUGGUUCUAUGCAAUGUUUGUAAUUUGUCAAUUGAUUUCUCCUUUGCUACCAGCUGGUUUGGUGGUCGGUCAAUCUGUUGCUGCUAGUCGGUUAAGGAAAAAGAACAUCUUUAGUGUUGAUUUGCCUCGUAUUUUAAUGGCAGGAAAGAUUCAACUCUUCUGCUUUGACAAAACCGGCACCUUAACGAAAGAGGGUCUUGAAUUUUUCGGUGCGCAGACGAUUUCUAACUAUGACGAAGCACAAAAAACGAUACCAGAGAAACAACCUAUCCCAGAAUUUGAUAAACAUGAACGAGAUAUCGAAAAAAUUCCUCGUUUAAUGCAGAUAGGUAUUGCCACUUGUCAUGCUGUAACAAUUUUGAACGGCCAAUUUAUCGGUAAUCCAGUUGAUAUUGAAAUGUUCAAGGCUUCCCAAUGGCACUUGAAUGACACCUCUGACUACGUCGAUACCCUAACACCACCUGAAAGUACACCCAACCCUGCUGCUAUACAUGUUUUGAAACGCUUCGAGUUUGUUCAUGCUAGAAUGUCUAUGUCUGUUGCUGUUUUGGAUACGAGCACCAACAAGGUUCAUAUAUUUGUUAAGGGUGCUUACGAAAAAAUCAAAGACUUGUCCAACCCAAGUUCUAUUCCUGCUGACUACGAUCGUAUAACUUCAGAUAAGGCACGACAAGGCUGUUAUGUACUUGCAUUAGCUCAUCGUGAAAUCAGCUUGAAUGGAUUGUCACAUGGUCUUGACGAGUUCAAUCACUGGACUCGUGACCAGAUGGAAGAGAGUAUCAAUUUUCUGGGUCUUAUCAUUUUCAAGAACCAGUUGAAGCCCGAUACAGCUGAACAUAUCUAUGAAUUGAAGCGCGGUGAUACUCGUACGAUUAUGAUUACCGGCGAUACAGCCUUGACGGGCGUUUUUAUUGCUCGCCAAUGCGGUAUGACUAUCUCCCCUACGAAUAAAGUUUUGUUGGGUGAUCUGGAUAGUCAAUUAGGCCGUGUUGUUUGGAGCGAUGUCGAUGAUCCUGAGACCUUCUCUGACGUCAACGUUGACGAGCACUUAAUGAACCACGACCACUCGCCGGUGGAGUUGGCAGUAACUGGAAAGGCUUUCCAAUGGCUCGUUGACAAUAACAUGAUACGUAAAUAUUUGCUGUACAUCCGUGUUUUUGCUCGUAUGACACCUCAAGGUAAGGUCGAAUGCGUGCAACUUCAUAUGGAGCGCGGAAUCACAGCAAUGACAGGUGAUGGUGGAAAUGAUUGUGGCGCCCUCCGUGCUGCUCACGUCGGCCUUGCAAUGUCAGAUGCGGAAGCAUCUAUUGUGUCUCCCUUCAGUACCAGCGUUCGCAGUGUUCGCUCUUGUGUUGAAUUGAUCAGAGAAGGUCGUGGCGCUUUGGCUACUUCUAUUACAAAUUACAAAUAUCUCAUUAUGUACGGUCAGGUGAUGAUGGCUCUCAAGAUCUUCAACUUUUACUUUGAUAUUUCAGUACCUCAAAACAUUUGGAUUUUCAUUGAUGUGUUUAUUACAGUACUCUUGACGUGGGCUGUUUCUCAAUCGAAGGCUGCUGAUAAACUCGCGCCACAACGUCCCACUGCGAGGCUGUUAGGCCCUCAAACAUUAGCUUCUGCCAUGGGCUUGGUGGCUAUCAAUUGGUUAUAUUUAAUUGCUGCUUUUGUUAUGCUUUACAAACAAAAUUGGUUUCUUUGUCACGAACAUGAUGCACGUGCUGCUGAUAUGUCCAAAUGGUAUCUCUUGGCCGACAAUUUCGAAGGCGAGGUAUUGGCUAUCGUGUGCCUUUUCCAAUUCAUCAACAACGCCGCUGUCUUCAAUUUCGGUUACAAAUUUAGACGCAGUUUCUGCAGAAAUUACAUCCUCUGCGUGCUAUGGGUUGCUUAUCUAGUUAUUUGUUCUUAUUGGACCCUAGCUGAUCCCAAUUCCUUUGGUUGUCUGUUCCGUUUCAACUGCGGGACGCGUGAAGUGUUAGAGCAGAUUGGCUAUCAUUCACCUUCGUCUUAUGUUAUGCCCUACAACUCACCGACUGGACACAAUGUAAUGCCUCGGGACUUUAGAUGGAAGCUGUGGGGUCUAUGUGUUGCCAAUCUUUUCACAGCACUUCUUUGGGAAAAGGUUGUUAUAAUUGGUCCUGUACACUCUUACCUUGCAAAAAAGCGCCCAGUAGAACGUCUAAAAAAGACUCUGUAA